CCAUCUGGGAAAGUGGAAAAAUGCCGUUAGUCAUAAGAAAUUGCCCGCAUUUGGCCAACCACGGCGAUCUCGCCUUCAUCGAGGCAGUGAUGGCCCGGGAGGAGCGCUUUGUCAAGUGCAGCGACUGCGACACUCCGGGGCCCAACCUCUGGCUCUGCCUGUUUCCCGAUUGUCGUUGGGUUGGCUGUGCAGAGACACACCUUGACCAUAGCACCAUUCACAAUCAGAACUUCCCGACCCAUUGCGCCCACAUCAACCUAUCCACCAACAGGAUCUGGUGUUAUGCCUGCAAGAGCGAGGCCAUCGCCAAGCAUGUACCGUCGCCUCCAUUGUCACCGACACAAGUGGAAUUCAAGACUAUGGGCAACAAAUUUGCUGGGGAUGCACCUGGCAGCGUCGAGUCCAAACUGGAUGGUUUAGAUAGGUUGAUGCUUGAUAAAUUUUAUGGAGAUUGGUCGAUAAAUAGAGUCAAUUCAGAAAAAGGGAAUUCAUUUAACGAACGCGUUGGAGAUUCUCCUGAUAGUACAGAUUCAGAUGAAAGCAAGGACUUCUCUGGAAAGCCAAGAGGUCUGGUUGGUUUACAGAACAUUGGGAAUACGUGUUACAUGAAUGCGGCGCUACAAGCUCUGUCCAAUGUGUCUCCCUUAACACAGUUCUUCUUGGAUUGUGGCCAUAUGGUUAGUUAUAUGUCGAAAGACAGAAAACCUGGAUUGAGUUUGAAUUAUCUGAAUCUCAUUCGGGAUAUGUGGAACAAGAAGACCAGAGGAUACGUUGUGCCACAUGGUAUCCUCUCAGGAAUCCGAACGGUUCAUCCAAUGUUCAGAGGAUAUCAUCAACAUGAUACACAAGAAUUUCUCAGAUGUUUUAUGGAUCAAUUGCAUGAGGAGCUAAAGGAGCACAUCGAAGACGACAGGGAUAUUCAGCUGUGGUUGAAAGGUCUGGGUGAUCAGUCCUCGGAAGAUGAAGAUGAGACCGAGAUUGAUGGGAAUGCUUCUAGCCAAUCCGAUGCCGAAUACGAGACCUGUGACUCGGGUGUGAGCGAACAGAGCUCUCUGAGUGAUGAGGGUGAACGCGGCACAAAGAGACGCUAUUCUCGCGUGUCGCAGACGGAAAAGCUGCGGAAUAAAUUCACCAGCAGGAACAUGAAGAAGUCGAAUGUCGAGGCGGCAUUGCCGUUUGCUCCGCCGCAACGUUCGCCGCAGAACUCACCGGCGAAGCAUCGCACCAAAAAACAGAUGAAAACGCGCAGCAUCAUCAGUGAUACGUUUGAUGGCAAGCUUUUGAGUAGCGUGCAGUGCCUAACGUGCGAUCGGAUUUCUACUCGAGUGGAAACUUUCCAGGAUUUAUCCUUGCCCAUCCCGAGCAGAGAUCACAUUGACAUGUUACAUCAAGGAUCUCUGACGCCACAAAAGGCUGGGCCAUGUUCGGACGUGGUUUACGUGACUAAUCAAUCGGGUUGGCUAUCAUGGUUCCUGCAAUGGAUGCGCUCGUGGUUUUGGGGACCAGUGGUCAGUCUGCAUGACUGUCUCUCAGCAUUUUUUAGCGCCGACGAGCUCAAAGGCGAUAAUAUGUAUAGUUGCGAGAAGUGUAAUAAGCUGCGCAAUGGUAUCAAAUUCUCCAAGGUCCUGGAACUGCCUGAGAUAUUGUGCGUUCAUUUAAAAAGGUUCCGCCAUGAAUUAAUGUUCAGCUCGAAGAUCGCAAACUACGUAUCUUUCCCUCUCGAAGGUCUCGACAUGAGACCUUAUUUGCACAAGGAGUGCGUAUCCAAGGUCACCACCUACAAUUUGAUAUCGGUCAUAUGUCACCAUGGUACGGCCGGCGGUGGCCACUACACCUGUUAUGCGCUGAAUUCCAUUGCUAACAAGUGGUAUGAGUUCGACGAUCAGUGCGUCACGGAGGUAUCACCGGAAACGGUGAAGCAUUGCGAGGCGUACGUGUUGUUCUACAAGAAAUGGUCGCCGGAAAUGUUGCAGUUACGUGACAAAACUAUGGAGCUGAUGGAAAUUUCAUCUCGUGAGGUGUCUGAUUUAAACUUCUUCGUGUCCCGGCAGUGGAUUAACCGUUUCAACACGUUCUCCGAACCCGGUCCGAUCGACAACUCCGACUUUCUCUGUCCACACGGGGGAGUGAUCCCUGUCAGAGCGCAAUUCGUCGACAAGCUCAGUAUGCCUAUACCACAAGCUGUUUGGGAAUACUUGUAUAACGCAUUUGGAGGAGGCCCAGCUUGUACACAUCUGUACGAGUGUCCGACUUGCGAAGAGAAAUACGAAUCUUUGCAGAAACGUAGACAGUAUGAAAUGGAACUAUUUCAACGGUUGAAUACCGAUAAUCCUACAGCCAUUUAUGCGUUGGCUAUGGCUUGGUUAAGACAAUGGCAGAGCUUCGUCCGAGGCAAGGAAACACAGCCACCAGGACCAAUCGAUAAUAAUUCCAUCGUUGUAAAUAAAAAUGGACAAAAUAGUCUUAAAGUUGGUUCGGAUUAUGGCCAGAUCCCCGAAGAAUUGUGGCAGUUUUUCCUGACUACAUACGGCGGUGGACCAGAGCUAAUGCUGCACUCGUGUCAACGACCGGUGCCCGCUCAGCCUAAUGUUUCUAUACAUUCCGCGUCAAAUCCAAAUUUGAUGGAUCCAAAUCUUAAAUGCAAUCUUCGCGUAGAAGCUAAGUCUAACAAACUUUGUACGACCAGGAGCUCGGAAACGAUUUCGCAACAGGACAGCGCGAUCGAGAGUCUAAUUUCAAGCAGCGACUCUCAUCAGACGCAAAGGGAUGUGAGUGAGUGAGUAAGCCAUGCGAUUUUGCAGUCUCGUUCAUUACAGACAUUUCCAUUGGUUUUUUUUAAGUUAGCAUUUAAGUAAUUUAAUUCUACUUUUUCGAAAUUCCACGCUCCUUCUCAAGUUUCAUGCUCAGAUUGACGUCCCUAUUAGAUUUUUGCAUACAAAACGAUCUCGAUACUUUGGAACUAAAACAAUCGCUGUCGUUUUGUGAUUUAAAAAUGACAAGACAAUCGGAUAGUUUUGUACCAGUAGCGAUUUUUGUACAAAAUUUGUACAGCUGAAUUGUGUAUUAAAUCUGUAUGAAAGUAUUCGUGUCAUGAACAAUGAGCUAUAUGAUUAUAUGAUCGAAUGACUGCGUUUUGUCAUAAUAUCUAGCGUAAUACUGAGGACAACUAUACAUUUUAUCAUAUAUAUAGCGACAUAUUAAUUCUGCUUUAAAAAUCUGAAGAUACAACAAGGUUUAGUUCGCUAAACCGGGAAAGUGAUCGAGGAAUAUCAUGUUCGAACACGCGGCAUGUUUCUUCCUUUAUUUCUAAGUCGUCGGUUUUUUGGAAAGUGGAAUGACAUUGAUUGUUUUAAGUCCAGUGCUUUGAUAAAAUCGUGAUUGUGCUCGUUCAGCGGCGUGGAAUUUCACCAUGCGAUUUAAUUGAUGGGAAUAUUGUAUAUGAUGGGAAACGUAGUUAUAGUACAAAAAAGAUUCGCUAAUAGAUGACUACAUAAUUAUUUAAAUACACAUCUUAGUUCGUAUUUUUUGCCCAAAGUCUAGGUAACAUCGCGCGACUUCGGUAUAGUUUAAUCAUAUUUUCGAUGUUUGUAUAUUGCCGGCGUGUGCGUGUGUAUGUCAUUCCUGCACGUAAAUACACAAGUGACUUUCUUUAUCUCUUUUCUUCUCCAAGUUUAUCUAUAUAAAGUCGUUACUUCUUCUCCGUUGAUGGUAGCCUUUCAUCCGGAAAGAAAAAACACAGUAUAAGGAAGACUGACAAGUGGAUUUUAUUUAAAAAGAAAGAAUGUUCUGAUAAUUAUACGGUAGCGGCAAUUUAGUCACGGAAUCAAACGCGGUGAUGCAAAGAACUUUGAUAAUCUUUAUAUCUUGUUUUUAAACAGAGGAAAUUAUUAUUGUUUAUUAUUUAGUAAAUUUAUUAUUGUAAACAUAUUUCUCAUAGUAUUCACAGAGCCAGCAAAAA